AUGUUGGCAGCACGAACUGGAUCUUCAGGAACCAAACCUGAUGAAAUCUCCAAGUUAAGAAAAUAUUCUCUUAAUUCUCUGAACAAGGAGAGGCGGAAGUUUUCUCUGGACAUUAGAAAUAGAACAGCAAUCCAAAUACGGCAGAGGUUUCAAAGAUUGGCUAUUGUACGUGCAUUGGAAACAAACCAGUACCUGAAAGAAUAUGAUUUAUCACUUGAAGAUACUGUAGCCUAUCAGACUGGAAUGGUUUACAGGAACCUGGGAAAAUCAGGACUUCGAGUAUCUUGCUUAGGACUUGGAACCUGGGUGACGUUUGGAGGUCAGAUCUCAGAUGAGGUAGCUGAGCAGCUAAUGACAAUUGCCUAUGAACAUGGAAUUAAUCUGUUUGAUACAGCAGAGGUGUAUGCAGCUGGCAAGGCGGAAGUCAUACUCGGAAACAUCAUCAAAAAAAAGGGUUGGAGACGAUCAAGCUUGGUGAUAACAACGAAGCUAUACUGGGGAGGAAAGGCUGAGACUGAAAGAGGCCUUUCUCGAAAACAUAUUAUUGAAGGUUUAAAGGCCUCUCUGCAGAGAAUGCAGCUUGAAUAUGUUGAUGUUGUCUUUGCCAAUCGACCAGACACCAACACUCCAAUGGAAGAGAUUGUCCGGGCAAUGACAUACGUGAUAAACCAAGGAAUGGCCAUGUAUUGGGGAACAUCCCGUUGGAGUGCCAUGGAGAUUAUGGAGGCCUACUCCGUGGCAAGACAGUUCAAUUUGAUCCCUCCAAUCUGUGAGCAAGCGGAAUAUCAUAUUUUCCAGAGGGAAAAAAUUGAGGUCCAACUACCUGAGCUUUAUCACAAAAUUGGAGUUGGGGCAAUGACCUGGUCUCCCCUUGCCUGUGGAAUCAUCAGUGGAAAGUAUGAUAUUGGAGUACCUGACAGUUCAAGGGCUUCAUUAAAGUGUUAUCAGUGGUUAAAGGACAAAAUUAUCAGUGAAGAAGGAAGAAGACAGCAGGCAAAGCUAAAGGAUCUCACUCCAAUUGUGGAGCGGCUGAGCUGCACAUUACCCCAGUUAGCAAUAGCUUGGUGUCUGCGCAAUGAGGGUGUAAGUUCAGUUCUCCUGGGGGCCUCCAAUACAGAACAGCUUACUGAAAACCUAGGCGCCAUACAGGUUCUCUCAAAGUUGACAUCACAGAUUGUGAACGAGAUUGACAGCAUACUUGGCAACAAACCACUAAGCAAGAAGGACUACCGAUCCUAACUUAAAGAUGCAUGAUGAAUACUGGGACUGCAUGAUGAAAGUGGCACUCUUUACUUGCUGGACCACUGUCUGGCUGUGAAUCUAAAGCUGUUUACUAUUGAAUUCCCACAGGUGCAUGCUUAUGCAGUGAAAGGUGUACCCUUAAAACAGAAGCACAUUCUACAAUCACCCAGAUCAAGGUGGUUCCUGCAGUCUUCUAUUCACCCAAACUGUACACUGAACUAUUUGCUUAUAACAAAAAUAAACAUAAACACAUUCAUAGCUUGUGUACUUUUGGAAUCUGAAUUCCAGUACCAAGUUUAAACAAUCAUUCCUCCCAACUGAACCUCAUCCAGUGAAUUAUAGAUCACAGGCAUGAACAUGUAAUGGCUUGCAUUAUGCUGGAACUUGCUGAUUUUUUUUAGGACUAGUGUCUUAAUGUGUUUACAUAGUAAAUUGGAAUCCAAAGAAGCAUUUAGGAUGUUUUAUUUCAGGUUACAAAAUAUACUGGAAACAAUUACUCGUUUUAACCUGUUCCAGACUAAUCAAGUACAUUUAUAUAAAAUCACUAAAUACAUGUUAAACCACAUUGCUUGUUUUGGCAAACACAAUUGCCUUUUUCAGAAAGCAGCAAUUGCUUUAUGAAUGGUCCCUAAACCUGAACUUCUUCGGUUACAUAAAUGUCUAAUUUUUGAUUAUUCAUUGGUUGGGAGUUAGGAGAGAGCAGUAGGGGAUAAAGGGAAUGUGGUCAGAUUGGUUGAAUCUGACAAUUUGAGUUUCAAGAGGCUAUAUAUCAGCAUUUCAACUCUUCACCACAUGCACCAAACUUAGACAGCAACCAGUUCACAGGGGACACUAAUUUAGGAAAUAAAGUAAGUUCGGUCAAACGAAGAUGGAAGUUUAAAGUUCCAAUGACAGAUUAAGUGAGGAAAAACAAUGGAACAACUAGUGAACCAUGGGAAGUGAAAGGUAAUCCAUUUUGGACUCAAGACAAAUUAGAAUACUUUCUCAUUGGCUAGAGACCAGAUAUUCUGGAGAAAAGUGAAGGGUACAGACACAUAAAUCAUUAAAAAUCAAUGUACAAGUACACCAAGUAGUCAAAAAGGCUAAUGGACUGUUGGUGUAUCAUAAGCGUUGUAAUACUUUUCUUCCUCCAUUUUGUACCAGCUGUCAAACAA